AUGGCUACCUUCUCCGCAGCAACCUUCUCCUCAGCCCGGUACGCUUCAUUCCGGCCGACCUAUCCGACCAGUCUCUACACCAACUUCCUCCUGCCGUACCACACGGGCGCGCGCACCACGCUCCUCGACCUCGGCUGCGGCCCCGGCACCGUAACACGGCCCUUAUCCGCCUACUUCACACGUACGAUCGGCACGGACCCAUCCGAGGUCAUGCUAUCCACCGCACGAAAGCUCACGCCGUCCACCGAGUACGUGGGCGUGGAAUACCGCGCGUCAGCCGCCGAGGAUCUGCCAUUUCUCGCCGACGGCGAAGUCGACAUGGUAGUAGCGGCGCAGGCAGCGCACUGGUUCAAUCAGCCGCGGUGGUGGGCGGAGAUGCGACGGGUCGUGAGGAAGGGCGGUACCCUCGCCGCUUGGGGAUACAGGGACUUCCUCUUCACGAGGUUUCCGCGCGCCAGUCAGGUCCUCAGGACGUACUCGUACGGAGAGAACACCCUGGGACCGCACUGGGGUCAGCCUGGACGGAGUAUUGUUGAGAAUCGACUCAGGGCGGUUAGGCCGCCUGCGGCUGAUUGGGAGGAUGUGCUGCGCUGGGAGCAUGAGCCGGAUUUUGAGGGGUUGAUGAAAAGGACGAUGAAGAUGGGGGAUGUGGAGCACUAUAUCAGGACGUGGAGUGCGUGCCAUGCGUGGAAGGAGACGCAUCCUGAGGCCACGAGUAUUGCCGACGGCGGCGAGGGAGAUAUCGUCGAUGAGAUGAUGAGGAAGAUGCGUGAGGUCGAGGGAUGGGGCGAUGAUUGGAGAGAGAUGCGGGCGGAUAUUGCGUGGGGCCACGCUGUCAUCCUGGCUAGAAGGAAGUAG